CGCUUCAGACGAGUCUCGCGAGCCGCCAAAUCAGUAUGUGACGACACAUUGUGGUGUGUUGUUGCAAUACGCUGUUAGCAAACCUGCUCCAUAAUAAUCCCAAUAUUUCAUUCUGACGUUCGAAGUGCAUGUGGUUCCUCCAUAUAUCGUAUAAUCAUCCGGCCCGAAGGACCAAAACGGCAGAUACCGCAACAUUUCCACCCAUACCGUCGACAUUUGCAACAGUGUAAAUAUAUAUUUGACUUAAAAUUUCGCUCUGGCCGGGAUACUUUGGCUGGCUACCACGUGAAAGCGGCUCAUUAUAAACGUCAAAUGUUCCUCAGUGAUCUGCAUAAAAUCUGUGUGACAUUCAUCUGUAUCUAUGGAUCUGGGAUAUUCAUCGACGAAGUUGUCCAUUGAGUGAAAAACGAAUAUUCCGAGCUACCACCAACUGAUACCACAAGAUGAUGUCUGCCCCGCAAGAAGGACAAUGCGAUGAACAUAAAAAUAUCCAACAAGCCUAUUUUGUGUCAGAUUGGGACCCAACCUGCGCCCUACGAAUCAGAUAAACCCUGUGAUGGGACGUUAACCAUCCUCGAUCCCUCUUCGCAAGUAAUUCCAAACGUUUCGACCCGUUUGGAGUCCAGAGAUCUGAACGAUCAAACCGCGUUGAACAGUUUCGAUUCCUCACUGUCCAUAUGGUUCGAUGCGAUUCUUCUUCUACACCACCACCUCUGGCAACGGUUCCUGAAUGAAUCUUCCGUUUGGUUAUUGGAUAUCUUGUUGAUUUUGCUUCUGAGCAAGACUCGCGUGGUGUUUUCGAAAGCGAAAAGUGACUGCUGUGUAAAGGUUAGGAUUCAAGGUCAGUCCACAGUGAGAUCGUUGCAUGCCGGGACGUUGGUCACAUACUGGACCACGGCCCCCAGUAUUCCCCUUCUCAAGAGCCCAAAAGCUCAGCUGGCCUCCCUGUUGCUUCUUAUCUGUACGCUAACCGUAGCAACGCGUUGCUAUGCAUCCUCCAGCUCUGCAAAUGGGCAUAUAGACCAAGCACAAUCUACACCUACCUUUAGUCCACUUGAUAAUUCCAAGAUACACUCUUCCAAUUUAGUGUUAAGUAGGUUAAUACGUCCGCAUUUUGUACAGCAAAAAUACCCCCCGUUAGGUCGGCCGAAUUCUAGAACCAAGAGAUCUGUCGGCGGCACCGAUUCCAACCUCAUCCCCGACGAUCCCUUCCCGAAGACCAAGGGGCGCUUCGAGCCCCAGGAGGAAGUGAGAGUUCAGAACCUCGUGGGCGGGAGAAAUUAUCAUAAUCCGGGGAUAUCGGAUGGGCAGGUUGAAGAAGUUGCGUCAGAUAUUCAUAUCGAUGAGAAUUUGAGUGAUGUUGUGAGUGUGACUGGUAACUUUUCGCGUGUGAUUUCUGAGAAACUGAACUACAGCAUUCCUGAAGUGGGGAGACCUGAUAAGCAGCUGUUUCAAGAGCAGGACAGGCGGCUGAUGCCGCCUGCGGAUGGACACGAGAACAAUUCAUCAUUGGACAAGUGGGGAGUUGUCGUGAGCAUUAUAGUCUCCAGUGUAGCGUUGACGGUAACAUUUGGACUCAUCACGUGCAUUCUGAGCCACUACCGUGCGGGGGCAGCCGCCGAGAACGGAGGCACGGCGUCCGAUCCGAAUAACGCCGCGCUAACACCGACCUCUGCACCCAUGCUGUCGGUUGUGAGCGCCGGCGCGACAGCUGGCGUUGGGGGCAUGGAACGGUUGCGCGGCGGACGGACGGCCGCCCGCGACCUCGCUGCCGCCAGAGAGCAGCAGGUGCGAUUGCACGCGCUGCGUACGGAUCUCGCUGUCAAUCUUCCACCCAGUAUAGCCAUGCCGGACGGCGAGGACCACCCCUACUCGAAUGCCCGAAUACACAUCCGGGACGCCGAACAGGAGGCCGAAAUAUAUCAAAAAUGCAUCAGGCCGCCUCCGAAUCGCACAGUUCUGGAAUCGGAAUCUCCACCACCGUACCGGUCGAGCUCGGCGGGCCUCCUUGGAUCUUCCAGCAGCAGUUCUUCGAGCAGCGCGGACUGGACCAUGGGGGGCAUGAGCAACGCACCACUCGUCGAACGUUGUCAUUCGAUGUCUUCUACCACAAGACGUUCGGAUGCAACCAGCAAUCAAAAGACUGAUCUUUUACAAAGGACUGUUAAAAUAUUCACUGGAAAAAGAACGGCCCCCCAAGCGCCCAGCCCCGCCCCCACGUUACCGGUGGUAGUGGUACCCUCCAGGCGGCGUCCCCCCGAGCAGAACCCCCCGCCAACAAAUCACCGGCCUAGCAGAGGGGGCGUCUGACCUUGCGUCCAAAAACUAGGCGAAAAUAUGUGAAUUUUAGUUUAAACGAUUCCAACCCCUAUUAUCCGUAUAAAUAUAUAAAUAUAUAUAAAUAUUGCAACUUUAUAUAUGUUAAUAGAUCAACGAAGGAACGUUUAGUCAUUAAAUUAUAAAUAUGGUGGUGUUAGACACUCUUUUUAUGUGGUUUACUGUGUAAAACUAUCUUAUCCCGAUAACGGACUGUCUAGCCAAAUAUAAAUGCUAUUUGUGUACUAUGUACAUGACUUGCUUACCUGUCGACGCUGUAAUGAAAUUUAUUCCUUUCUGUAUAUUGUCAAUAUCUACAUUCCUGUGAAACUCAUUUGAUCCCUUCUCAUUUACAAAACUAACUCAACUUCCCUCUCAAGUCUUCAUUGCAUCUACUCAUUUCAUGCACUCAUGUCAAAAGCUGUUACUGUAAAAUACAAACACAUGUGUAUUAUAUUCCAAUAUUGAUUAUGAAACAGCAUAAUUGAAGCCAAAAUGCAGAAACUUCAGAUUCGUGUCCUAUGCAUAAAUUUUGAAUAUGUGUAACAAAAUAGUUCCAUGUAAAUUCCCCAACAGGACCAAGUGUAUUGAUAUUUUUCUGGUAUAUUACAUUAUUUCACCAUAAUAAUGUAUAAAUCAAUAGAUGGAUUUUCAUCGUGUUGAAAUUUUGGCUUGAAUUUCUUAACAUAUAAACAAUAUUGGAGCAAUAUUUAGAAUGCGCAUACAACUUUUCAAGUUCCUAUUAUAUUCACACGAUUUUCUGUAAGAUUUCCUCAGAAUACAAGAAAAAAUUCAUUUUAAAAGACGUUGGAAAGUUUCAGGUGACUCAUUUCUAUCAAAAAAAGACUUUUUUUUAAUUCUUAUAAAUCCAACACUGGAAUGUUCAAAGGUAUCGAAAUUAUUUCGGUCCUGGGAACAAAAACACCUGUGCGAGUCCAAAUCAUCGAAAAAUUUACAAUAUAUUGAACAGAAAUUCAUUUAUUGCUGACAAUAUUCACGCUAUAAGAGAUCCUCAUUCCUAUUCUUUCAGGUAUAUUGUAUACCCUAACAAAUACCUUCAGAUCGCAUGUUUUAUUGAAGAAAGGAAAAAAUAAAUUUCUUGACAAAAUUGUCUCAAGUCUGGAAUCAAUGAGUUUCUUGGAAUCUGCAUCCAAUCGAGUUGCAAGAUGCAUGUCUGAAAAGAUGUGUAUACCGUAAUACACGAUUUAGACGCUGAUUCAAUGUGUUUCAUAAGCUUUUUCUAUAUUAGCGAAAAAAAGGACAUACAUCGUAGCAACUUGGCUUAACAGUAUGAAGCGACGUAUUGUAAAUUGAAAUCAAAAUUGUAUUUGGCGAACGAUUAAGCACGAUCUUAUAUUUCAAAAUAAACAAACUAAGCAAAUGACAGUAGAACAUUGUUCUGUUUUUAAAUAUUGUUUAUUAAAAAUGAAAUGGGAUAUUCAAGUGCAAGAACGGGAAGACUUACGAUCCGAAAGUUUGUUUGGAUCCGUUUGAGAGUUUCCUUUAUGCUACAAGUGUUCAUAUUAUAGUCAACCCUCAAAAUAAUCAUCAUAUCCUUUGCAUUUGAGAAACAUUCACGAUUUUGUCAUUUAUUUUUUCUUCUAAAUGGACAGUAAUGGAACAGAACGUAAUCAGUAUUAUUAUUCGUUGAGAAAUACAAUCAUUGGAGGCUAUUUCAAUGAGAAAUUUCUGCUUUACUUUCCAUUCGAAGUGAAUAUUUCAUUUUUAUCUCUCCAUGUAUCUGAAAGUUUUCAAUUAUUAAUCAAGUGAAAUUGUGUUUCGAAUGCAGAGGAUUUAGCAAAAUGUUAAAUUAUUUAAUUAUGUUGAAUACAAAUAUUGUAUAUGGUAGGGAGACAUUGUAUCAAAUAGAGCAUUAGCAAAAUGUGAUGAUACUUCACUUGGGUUUCAUACAAGCCUUUUUUUAUUUAUAUAUAUAUUUUUGAUGGAGUAGCUUAGUUUGGGAUUCAAAAGCCAUUUGAAUUAUCAUAAGGAACUUUUGGAAUUUCACAAAGAUUUGUUGAAAAGAAUCAUUCUUUGUAUCAUUGUUUUCAUAUGUUAUUAGAUUUAACAAGUUUAUUUAUUUUCACAUUCGAAUUAGUCAUUCUAGUUAUAUGUAUAUAGUAUAUUUUUUCAAUAUUAUGUUUAACUGAAGGUACAAAUAUGAAACCCAAGUGUUGGGAAGUCUUCAUAACAACAAGAAAAUUGUGAUUAUAAUUAAAUUUAUUAUGAUAUAAAUAACAAAUUAAUGAAAAUGUUUUGUAUUAGUGAAUUAUUAAUUAAAAUUAAUUGAAUUUUAAAUUUUGUUGAAUUUCUUUACUGAGAAGAGUUUUGUUAGGAGGGACAACAGUGUAAUGUGAUUCGAGAACCAUCUUUCAUAAGGAAAAUAAAUCACUUUCAUUUUCAA